GCGUCAUAGUUCCAGGGUCUGAACAACAUACGCCCAGCAACACGUCAACAUUGUGGUCAGUGUGCUGAAUAGGCCCUGAUUCGUAUUUCCAAGACGUUGAUCUCGAGGCUGAGGCCCUGUUGGUCAGGUUUGCUAUUCGCUUGUUGCCAUGGCUGGGCCCUAGUGAGUGACGUGUGGGUCUUUUGCGCGGUCGUCGCAUUGCAAGUUUGUAUUUGCGCGUCACGUAUAAGUGGUUGGCUCUUUCUUUAUCGUCUUUGACAUAACUCACCAUCCAUCGCUUCCUGUCUUUUGUCUGCGUUUUAGCCCUUCGUUGCUCUUUGAAUACAACGCCAUUCACUAGUAGCAUCUAAAACGAUCGCGACCGUCCACACAUCUACACCACAAUCGCAAAGUCAAUAACACCACGACGAUGCGGUUUAUCGCUAUACUACCGGUGCUCUGCUGUACCGCCGCCCUCAUACUAUCAUUCCUAUGCCUAUUCGCGGGUCACAAGAAGGGUUUCAUGGAAGACUACUCUCUCCUCACACUUAACACUUCUGCUGUUGGGCAAAACCUCAUCUCCUCUGCAACAUCAGAUUCCGAUUCCACACUCUCGUCGAUUAUAAACCUCAUCCCUGAUUCCAUCACCGAUAGCGUCACAAACGAAAUCAAUGAACAGAUUGAUGAGCUCCGCGAGCGCAUUGGUGUCGAAGACUGGUACUCGGCACACAUGUUGAAUUACUGUCAAGGACAGUAUGAGCCUGGAGAAGUGGCAAAUGCAACGCUGAGUCAGAGCGACAUCAGCAAGAACGUUACCGAGUGCGCGAAGAGCAGGGCUACCUACAAGUUCGACCCUACCCAGAUCAUUCAGGAUGCGCUCAACAGGACGGGUGUAGACAUUACCCUACAAGACCUGCAAUGGCCAGAUGAUAUUCAAACGGGAAUCGACACACUCAAUGCGCUCAUGGCGGCCAUGUUCGUUCUCUACGUCAUCGCAAUCUGCCUUAUCUUUAUUACGCUCAUUACUAGCGUUCUUGGAAUCUUCAUCGGAAAUGGAAGACUCACUCCAUGUGUCAACUUCCUUCUCGCCACACUUGCGUUCCUGGCCAUUGGACUGGCGAGCGCGCUUGUCACUGCGGUUAUGGUUAAGGGCACCGAUAUUGUCAAUGAUAAGGGCGGUGAGAUAGGUCUCAAUGCAAAGUACGGCGGCAAGUUUCUUGCCCUUACUUGGGCUGCUACCGCGCUUAUGCUUAUCGCCCUCCUUGGCUGGAUUGCGAGCUUCUGCAUCGGCGGAAAAGAUCGUGAGUCGCGCCGUGCUCGCAAGCCCUACAAGGUGUAGAGGAAGUGGAGUUGGAAGUUGAAGAUUGCAUUGUGCGCUCCUGAACUUAUUAAGUUGGUUGUGUCGCAAUGGGGCGAUACUUGGAGUACAGCGGUUUCCUCUUCUUCUCACGACCCCCACGAACGAGCUCAUGUCUUUCCUUAAAUUUGUCAUAUACCCCCAGAUACCAGAAUGUGUUUCAUAAGGAUCUAGCGAUGAAGAAGAUUGUAUACCCAUAGUUUGUUUGAAUCAACGUACUCAAUAUAGGACAUCAACUUUUCAUGCUCGUGCACCUCGUCUUAUCUCCUA